AUGAAUGAAGAUGAGGUGGGUAAAAAUAUUUCCUCAGCCUCUGUAGAGAUGAAAAAAACGAAAAGUAAGAGCACGGAGAUCUUAAAAAAUAUUUUAUUUAAUAACUUUUCUGAGGAACAACAAAAAAUAAUUGAAAUUCCUAUGAAUGUAAAUUUAUGUAUUAUAGCAUGUCCAGGAUCUGGGAAAACAUCUACAUUAACAGCGAGAAUUAUAAAAAGUAUUAUCGAAGAAAAGAAGUCUAUAGUUUGUAUUACAUUUACUAAUUAUGCAGCUAGCGAUUUAAAAGAUAAAAUUAUGAAGAAGAUAAAUUGUUUAAUAGAUAUAUGUGUAGAUAAUAAUAUAAAUCAGAAAUUAUUUAAUAAUAAAAAUAAUAAUAAUUUCAGUUUAAAAAAUAAAUGUACUUUAAAUAAUACAAUGAAUAAAAGUAUAAUUAAAGUACUUAAUACUGUGAUGUUUAUAGGAACUAUACAUUCUUUUUGUAGAUAUAUCCUUUAUAAGUAUAAAGGAACUUUUAAAAUAUUAACUGAUUUUAUUAACACCAAUAUUAUUAAAUUAGCUUUUAAUAACUUUUACUCUUCUAUGAUGAGCAAGACGAAAAGUACUCACCCUGGAUUUAUUAGUAUCCUUGAAAGGAAGGGUAACAAGGGUGGUACCAAAAAUAAUGACCCCGAUAAAAUUAACACGGAUAGUGAUAAGAAUAUAUGUGGUGAUGAUAAUAAUAUAUGUGGUGAUGAUAAUAAUAUAUGUGGUUAUGAUAAUAAUAAUAAUUAUGAUAAUAUUAACAAUGAUGAUAAUAUUAAUAAUGAUGAUAAUAUUAAUAAUGAUGAUAAUAUUAAUAAUGAUGAUAAUAUUAAUAAUAAUAAUAAUAAUUAUUAUUAUAAUAAUAAUUGUGGGAAUUAUAACGAAGCUAAAGGUAUACCAUCCCAAUUAGCUUAUUUCAUUAAUUGUAUGAAGAACGCAGAAAUAAAAGAAGACGAAGAAAAAGAACUCUAUGAAGAAGAGCAUGAUACACAAAAUGAUAUUCUAAACAAUGAUGAUAAUAAUAAUAAUAAUAAUGAUGAUGAUGAUGAUGAUGAUGAGUUUUAUAAUUAUUUAUACAAUUUUAAACAUUCUUAUGAACAAACAAAUGACUACUUUGCAAAUGAACAAGUAGAAAGUGUGUUGAAAAAAAAAAAUAUAAUAUUCUUAAAAAAAAAAAUAAAACUAAUGAAAUAUAUAGAAUUAUAUAAUAUAAAAAUAGAAAUUAAUGAUGUAGAAAAGAUGUUUUAUGAAGAAUAUAAAAAAAUAUUUAAGAAAGCUAAAAAUAUAUAUUAUGAUUUUGAUGAUUUAUUAAUUGAGACCUAUCGUCUUAUGAAAUAUAAUUCAGAUAUAAGAAAUAAAAUCCUAGAAGAAUGGAAUUACGUAUUUUGUGAUGAAUUUCAAGAUACCAAUACAACACAAUUUAAUAUUUUACAAUAUUUUGUUAAUCAUAAUGUUCCUUCUACUUUUAAUGAAUCAAUAUAUACAUCAAGAAAUUCGGAAAAUAAAGAUAUGAAAGAUAUGAAAGAUAUGAAAGAUAUGAAAGAUAUGAAAGAUAUGAAAGAUAUUAAAGAUAUGAAAGAUAUGAAAGAUAAUCAUUAUAUUUCUAUGUCCACAUAUAAAUCUAAACAAUACAGUCACUCUGUUCAAAACUUUUUUAAUGAACAUAAAGUUGAUCAACAACUUUGUGAUCAAAUAUAUUUUGACAAACAUUGUAAUAACAUACUUAUGCAAAAUAAAAACCAACAAUCAACAAAGAAACACUCUCAAGAAGAAGAAAAAAAUAAACAAAAAACAAAUACUUUUAUAAAUCAACAAAAAAUAAAAACACAAACUAUAUUAUCAUAUAAACAAGAUGAAAUCAACUCAUCUCCAUCGUCCACAUAUUCAUAUGUAAAAAUAGAAAAAAAGAAAAAAAAAUACGCUCUUAACCAAAUCAACGAUACUUAUUAUAAUAAAAAAAAUAUAUAUAGGAACAAUGAGGAAUUAUUAGAUAUAGAAAAAGAAAAAACAUUUUUUAAUCAUAAUUGUAAUGAAACAAAAAAAAAAAAAAAAAAAUUGAAUUUAAAAGAUAGAAGUCUAACCGUUAUAGGUGAUGAUGAUCAAUCCAUAUAUUCUUUUCGUGGUGCUCAUAUUAAUGUAUUUUAUAAAUUUUUAAAAGAUUGUAAUUGUUUAUUAUUUAAAUUAAAUAAUAAUUUUCGAAGUACAAAAGAAAUUGUUAGAGUUUCUCAGAAUCUUAUUAUUAAUAAUAAAACAUGUAGAAUACAAAAACAACUCUAUACGAAUAAUGUUCAAGGAAAUAAAAUUCAAUUCCAUGCAUUCAAAACACCAUCUGAUGAAAUUUCUUAUAUAUUGUCCGAAAUAAUUUAUUUAAAAAAAAAUUAUAAUUAUAAAUAUGGAGACUUUGUUAUUUUAUGUAGAACGAACAAAACAUUAAAAGAAACAUUAAAGAGUUUACAUAAUGUGGAUAUUAAGAAGAAAGCAUAUAAAUAUUUAAUCAACAAAUUUUUAAAUGAUAAACAAAAUCAUCUCAUAAAACAAAAAGAAUACAAUAAAAAUAUUAUGGAAAAUAAGAACACAAAGGAUGUAUAUAAAAAUUCACCUAUUAGAAACCAUGAAAUAAAUAUAUAUAAAAAUAAUCAAAAAUAUGAAGAAUAUAUCAAACAGUUUCAUAAUAUAUUUGAUAUCGAUACUUUUAAAAUACCUAUAAAAGAAUUAAACAAAAAAAAAGCUUUUUUCGGAUCUAAAGAAAUUAUUGAAUUAAUUACAUUUCUUAGGUUUUUAUUAAAUGUAGAUGAUAAUAUCAUAUUUAAAAAAGCUUUUAAAAUAAUAAAAAAUUUGAAAAAUACAAAACAAAUAAUAGAUAAAUUAACAAACUGUCAAACAAAUCAACAUUUAUCCAACAUACUAAUGCAACAUUCUCAUGAUAUUAUACAAAUCAAAACACAACAAAAUAAAAUUCAUAAACACGAACGAAGAAACAAGGAUAACUUAUCUCUUUUUUCAUGUGUUCAAAGUAUUACUCACUUAUUUAUUCUAAAUAAGAAACAAACAAUAAAUAAAGAAUCAUUACGUCUAUUAAAUAUAUUUACAGAAAACGAAUUAAAGAACAUUGUAGAUUUUUUCUUUUGUAUUAAUUAUUUCUUAAAGUUUGCUGCACAUAUUAAUUCUGUCUAUUAUUUAGUAAUAGAAGUUUUAAAAAAAACAAAUUUUCUAAAAAGGUUACAAGCCAAAAUACAAAAGAAAAGGGACGAAGAAAAUAAGGAAAACAAUAUUAUGAAUGAAACCAUAUCUCACGAAAGGAAUGAUAACAUGGAAUUACAUGCAGCUCAAAAGAAAUGUAGCGAGAAAAUGGAAGGAAACAAUUAUAUCACCGGUAAUGCACAAAACGAUCUGAAAUUAAUAAAUAAAAGACAAACGGAUGAGCACGAGAAAUUGUGUUCUCACCGGGUGAUAGAAAAAAGGGUCAAACUGGAUAAUCAAAAUAAAGAAAAUAUAUAUGAUGAUAAAAAAAAUAAGGACAAUAUAUAUGAUGAUAAAAAAAAUAAGGACAAUAUAUAUGAUGAUAAUAAAAAUAAAGAAAAUAUAUAUGGUGAUAAUAAAAAUAAAGAAAAUAUAUAUGGUGAUAAUAAAAAUAAGGACAAUAUAUAUGGUGAUAAAAAAAAUAAGGACAAUAUAUAUGAUGAGGUAUCAUAUACUAAUAAUUUAUGUACAACUGAAGAAAGUUGUUCAAUAAAUGUUGAAGAUAAAAAAGGAAAUAUCAAAAAACGUACCUUUGGAGAGCUUAUAGAAAACGGUAAGGACACAAAAAAAUAUAUGUCUAGUGAUAAUAAUAAUAAUAAUAAUAAUAAUAGUAAUAUAAAUAGUGACAUGUUGGAUGUAAAUGUUGUGAAUGAAAUAAGAAUAAAAAAAGAUCUAGAAUUAUUAUUUAAUAUAGGAGAUAAAGAUUUAAAAUAUAAUGAAAUACAAAAUAUUUUUAUAUUCUUAGAAAUGACAACUGAUUAUAAACCAAACUUAUUACAACAGUCAUGUUUAGAUUGUUUAUUUUGUUUUCUUAAUGAUUUUAAAAAUAAUGUACAUGAAAAGAUGCUAGUAGAAAAAGUGACCUUAACAACUAUACACAAAGCAAAAGGAUUGGAAUGGAAAGUUGUUUUUAUUAUAAAUGUAACAGAAGGAGAAAUUCCACAAGCUGUUGAUAGUAAACAAGAUAUUAUUGAAGAAAGGAAAAUUUUUUAUGUGGGAAUUACUAGAGCCAAAUUUUUACUAUAUUUAUUAUGUUCCGUUCAAAAUAAUAAUUCUGAAAAAAAUACUGUUUCAAGGUUUAUUAAUGAAAUGAAUAUAUAA